AGAAUAGGGAUUUCCAAAAGUCGGAGGUGGAGUGGGAAAUUGUGCACACUGCAUUUUGGUUUAAUCCUCUUUAGAAGUGCACCUUCAAGAUCCUUUCACACAUUCGUUAUUCUCAAAAGAGGGGAAAGGCUUGUUCUUAAGUACUGUGCGCUGUGUGACACGUAAGGAGGAGGUCGGGUCAGCAUGCACCGCACAGCCCAUCAUCUCCGCGAAUUGCAUUUAAGAAAACAGGGUCAGCUGUUUCGUGUCUUAAAAUGCUCUUUUGGGGGCAGAAAAGAGAAGAGCCCAAGCAGGGGACAAGAGGCAUAUAUCGUACUGUCCAUGGACCUCCCGCGGCAAGAGAAACCCAAACCUCGGGCCGGCCCCGUCUGCCGAAGACCCGACCCACCUUCGGGGUCCCACACACCCUCGAGACCCCCUCGCACCUCCGGGUGGCGGCGGCGGUGGCGGCGGCUCCCGCGUCAGGAGAACCCUACAAAAUGGCGACGGCCGUUCGAGCCUCGGCGCGACCGGGCCCUUCCUCGCACGCCAGCUCACGCACGCGCGAGCGCGCGCUGCUUCCGUCCCUCCGCCUCGCCGGAGCCGGGCGACCAAUCCCGUGGCCGCACACAAAUGGCUGCCCCGGCCUCGGCUCCCAACCGCCCCGACACGGGGGCGGGGCCUGCCGGGGACGGCGGUGCGCGACGGAGGUUGGCCCGCCCCCAGCCCGGGCUAGCCAAUCCCCACCCUGGAAGGGGUCGAGCGUCAGAAGGGCUCGGGACGCAACCACUGCCGAGUUCCUGGUCCGUGGUGAGCACACCAAAGGAAUACCUCGUACAGCGGCCCGGAGAGGUUCCUUGUUUUGGGGGUGUGGGACAUGAUCUCCACGUCCACCCCAAGCUGUUGGAGGAGUAGGCAACCGUGAGUCCCCAGACACUUUCUAGUAUUCAAAAUUCAGCUGUGGUCCAAGGGCACCUCCUGGUGGCAAAAGGGAAGCUAUUAGGUGGAUUACUCACUGUCACCCUUGAACAAAGGACAGACUUUUAUAGAGAUUGAUGCACUGAGUUUAUCUCCGAGUAAAGCCUGCCAGGGUGUUGUCAGUCAUUUCUCAGUGUGUUGUUGGCUCCAUAGAAUCUUCUGUGAUGGCAUCAAGCACAAAUUCCCUAGUCUGCCCUCUUCCUCCCCAACUACUAUGAUGUUUCUUUCCCUGAAUUCUUUGUUUCCCAGUAGAGGCACUGUCCUUAACAACUAUAAUAACUCAUGCUUGUCUCACCUGAUUCUCUCCCCUUCCCUAAUAAUGUUGGUCAUACCCGGUUUCUCUCUACACUCGGACUUUUAAGGCAUGUAUAGGGACAUCCUACCCGAUUUAUGAAAGCACUUUCACUCAUCUUCACUGUUGUUGUCGAAGUUGGGUUUCUUCCCUGUGUUUCAGGACAGACUUCACAAGUGGAGAGUCUGAACCUGCUAUCACCCAUCUUCAUACACUGUAUUUUGGGUUCUAUUCUCUCCAAUUCCCAAAAUUUUCUGAGGUCAUCUAAUGUCCUUUUAACAGUUUUCACCCUUGUGAAAUUUUCAUGUCAUUCAUCAUCCGUUUCUCCUCUGUUCCUUCUCAUAGCUCUGGCAGCCCUGUUCCACCUCCUUUCCCCAACGAUUUCCCUAUUCUUAUUUAUCCCUUUUAUUUCCUUUCCCCUUCCUUCAUAGACAACCAUUAUAAUGAAUUUAAUUUGUGUUUUACUUUGUGUUCUUCCAAGACAUGUCUUUUUAGUGUGCAUUUACUUUUUUCCAUUAAAAAAAUGUUUUAUUGUGGAAAUUUUCAAAAAGGGACAAAUGGAGAAUAUUAUUAUGAACUCCUAUGGACUCUUUACUCAGCUUUGACAAUUAUCAACAUUUUGCUUAUCUUGUUUCAUCUAUCCCCUUUAUUUUUUGGCUGGAGUUUUAAAAAGCAAAUCCCAAAUAUAAUGUAAUUUUUCCCAUAAAGUCCUCACAAUCUGCCUCUAAAUGAAACCUCACUGCUAUACUAAUAUCUAAUAUUUAUAUUAAACUUUCCCUCAGACUGUUGCAAGUAUGCCUUUUUACAGCUGGUUUCUUUUAAUAGGUAUCUAAACAAGGUCUGCCAAUUGCGUACUUAGGCACUUCAUCUAUGGAAAUCCUUAUGUAAAUUGUGUUGUUUUGCUAAUUGGUUCUUUUCUCACUAAGUGCUCUGUUGCUGUGUGACAUCUAACCACUGAGUGAUCUCCACAGUAUACAACCACCGCAUGUUAUGUGUCAUGUCUGAGAGAAAGUUGCCUCCAAGUCCCCAGAUAUAAACUAGGUUGCAGUUAACAUCCUUACGGUAAUUAUAUUUGCCCUAAUAGAUCCCUGUGAGAAUUUGGGGGAUAUAACCCAGGGUUGGAAGUGCUAGGCUGCUGGGCCGUAGGGUAUCCAUCCAUAGGACUAACUUGUCUAAGUAGUGCCAGGUUCUUCUCUAGAAAAACUACCAAGGUACCCUCUCACCUGCAGCACAUGAGGGACCCUGUCUGUCAAUGUUUGACAUCCAGUUUCCUGAUUUUUUACAGCUUCAAGUGAUAUAUCACAGUUGCUUUAAUUUGCAUUUCUCUGCUUGCUAGUGAUUUUAAGCAUCUCUUCUUUUUUUUUGCAUUUACUUUUUUGGAAAUUUCCUGUUCAUAUCUUUUGCCCAUCUUUCUUGUUUGGUUGUAGUCUCCUUUGUUGUUGAUGUGCAGGAUUUUCUUGUACGUUCCAGGUACUAAUCUCUUACUGGUUUCAAGUAUCUCCCCUUAUUCCACCAAAUUAUUAAUUUUGUCCAUGGUGUCCUUCAAUGAAUAGAAACCCUUAAUUUUGUGCUUUUGGAGUUUUGUAUAGGAUGUCCUUUUCUAUACCUCUGAGUCACAAAUAUAUUCUCCUACAUUUUCUUCUAUUAACAUUAAUGAUUUCACCUUUCACAUUUAGGUCUGUAGUCCAUUUAGAGCAGUGCUGUCCAAACAGAAAUAUAAUAGGAGCCACAUCAAAACUUUCUAGUAACACACUUAAAAAGUAAAAUGAAGCAGUUGAAAUUAACUUUCUUUUGAAACCCAAUAUAGCUAAAAUAUUUCAACAUGUAAUCCAUAUUAAAAUUGUUGAGAUAAAGUUUUUUUCCCCCUCUUCAGUCUUUGAAAUCUGGCAAGCAUUUCAUACUUACAGCACAUUUUGGACUAGCCACCUUUCAAGUGCUUGUAGCUACUGUAUUGGAUAGCGCAAGUCUGGAGCUCACCCUUGUGGGUUGGGAAAGUUAAGAAUGCAAACAUAUUUUUCUCUAAAUGACUAAUCCAUUUUUAUCUGUUCAUAUUUCCCCCUUGAUUUGUGGUGCCUGCUUUAUCAUAUUUUUGUAUGCUAAUCUGUCCCGUCUUUCACUACUCUAUUCCACCCUGUCAUUGUUCCUGGGACUUUUCUUCCACUCAUAUCUGAGGGUGUCUCCCUGACCUUAUGUUUCCUUCUUUUGUGUCCUGUCCUUGAGGAUUCAUGCCCUCAGAUUGCUUCAGCUGCCGUGUACGUAGAUGACGCCCAAACCACAUUUUCAUUACCUCUCCUCACACAUGACCAACUCAUUCUGCAGGAUCAUGUCACUGGGCUUCCCUACUUACACUUACGUUUCACAUGUUAAAAUGAUAAUUUCUGCAUUAACUUUUCACCCCAUAUACAUUUCCUUCUAAAAUUUCUAGUUUAUUUCUCCCCCAACCCCAGGUUUGCCACCCUAAGUAUAAAUACCCAGGUUCCCUGAACACUCCACAGAGUAUGACUUUUUCUUCCUUCAUUCAGUGGGUAUUUUACAGUUGUACUUGAAGAAUAAGAGAAGGCUGUAAUACUGAUGUAUUAUUCUAUUUUGUCCCAUGAUGGAUUGUUCAGUUACAUUUAUCCAAUUGUUUAUUGUGGAAUACUUCUGAAUCUGCUUUUCUCAAGAGAAAGGGAUAAUUAUUCUGUGGGCUAUUGGAUCUACUAGAUCCUAUGUUUGGAGACCAUCUGGGGCUGUGUUAUGCUGGUCCUGACUCUGUCUUUGGCGUGGCUGAUGAUGGUCAGGGGUCUGCUCAGCCAGGGCCGUUGGCCAAUUAUGCUAAAAAUGGGGUAGAUCCAAAGAUUUUCUCUAUGCCCUGAAAAGAAAUGGUUGGUUGUGGAAAACAAUAAAAUAACACGGCUUUUCUGCAGGAGGUCACCAAGGCAAAUACUAUUGCCCUGAAAGCUCCAAUUGCCAAACCAGAGACAAGGGAGAAAAGCCACCUGCUCCUUUUUUAUACUUCACUGGAUCUCAAAAACAUACUCCUGUGUGUGUGUAGUGGGGUGUAGGGGGGCUUCCUAGGGUGAUGUCAUUCUUUGGUCAAUAGACUGGAACUUGUCACUGAUCUGAUUCCUAUCUGAUCUUCUGUAUUAUAGAGACAGCAGGUGGGGCAGGAAUCAGCUGCUAUGUGCCCCACUCUCCUCUGUCAGCCUGAGCAGUGGCUGAGACUCAGCUGUGCGCUUCAGUCUUUCAUUUUUGAACACAGAAUCGUGGGUGAAUAAAGCUCUAUACCAGGAAAGUAGCCAUUCACUGCCUAUUAACAUUACUACUGCUUAUAACAUCAUCCUGACCUAUGGUGAACUUCUUAGGUCUAAAAAGAGGCUUGACGUGGGUCAACCCAGCAAACUGGAGGUCAUUAUCAUGGGGAAAUGAGGCCAGGGUAACCUGGUUCUUCAAGGGCUUGGAGGCUGGGGGCAGAG